AUGAAGACGACGCAACUGUUCAAAGGGGCAAAUGUGUUCAUGUCUCGGAAUUUGGUUCCUCCUGAAGUAUUCGACACACUUCUCGAUGCUUUAAAGCUUAACGGUGCCGAAAUCUUCCUCUGCUGCGAUCCUUCCCGGAACGGUCCCUGGGAUUUUCACGUCAUCGCUUCUUCCGGUCAUGAGAAAUUCAAGUAUCUUAAAGCUAAGGGUUGUAACUUGAUAGGUCCGCAAUGUGUGCUCUCUUGUGCAAAAGAAGGUAGACAGCUACCUCAAGGGGGAUUCACUUGUUGCCUAGCUAUGGAUGGUCUGAAAGUUCUUGCUUCUGGUUUUCGGAUGGAGGAGAAGGUCAAGAUCGAAGAGUUGGUUGUUUCCAUGGGGGGAGUUUUGCUUGCCAGAUCUUCUUCAGAUGUUAACUUCAUCAUUGUGAAGAAUGUCUUGGCUAGCAAGUACAAGUGGGCCCUGAAUAUACAGAAGCCAAUUGUUACACUGCAUUGGUUACAUCAGUGUUGGAAUGAGCACCGUGUGGUUCCCCAGGAACCAUACAAGAUUCCUCCUUUUUCUGGAUUGACAAUCUGUGUCACAAAAGUUCCAAUAGAUGAGCGUAAGGGAAUGCAGACGCAAAUUUCAGAAUAUGGAGGGAAGUACUCUGCUGAGCUAACAAAGAGGUUCCUUGACAUUGCGUACGCUGCUGAAGGCGACAAAUACAAAGUUGCUCGGAAGUGGGGUCAUAUUCAAAUUGUUACACGUAAAUGGUUUGAGCAGUCCAUUGCUAGAAAAGUUUGUCUCAAUGAAGAGUCAUAUCCUAUUCUUGGUUCCAUACCCCUGAAUAGAGGGGUGAGACAUUUGGGGAACCAUAAUGGUGAAGAAAAGUUUCCUGAAUGUCCAAUAUCACUGUCGCUUUCGGCUGCGGCUGCAACGGAUUCAUAUACUUCUUUUGCUCAGUCUAGGGACUCUGACAUAGAAGCUUCUGCUUCACAAAAUGUUUCUUCCAGAUCUAUGAAUCCCAGUACCGAUGUUAAAGAACCAAGUGAAGCCCCAACUACAAAGCUGAGAGAGCAAAAUAUUGAUGGUUCUACUGCCAGGGAUUCAGAAUCCGAAGACAAUGACCUGUACUUAUCAGAUUGUAGAAUUUUCCUGCUAGGUUUUGAAGCUUCUGAAAUGCGUAGACUUGUUAAGUUGGUCCGUAGAGGUGGUGGAUCUCGGUAUAUGAUGCUUAACGAAAGAAUGACACAUAUUGUUGUUGGAACUCCUUCAGAGAGUGAGAAAAGGGAAGUUAGGAGUGUUGCAGCUUCUGGUGUCAUUCAAGUAGUCACUCCCACUUGGCUUGAAGAUUGUGAUCGCGAGAAAAAAGAACUUCCCAUUCAUAAAAUAUAUACUGCUUACAACUUAAUUCUUCCAAGAGAUUUUGCAUGCUUGACGAAGGGAUCGCUUGCAGGGAUGGAAAAGGGUAAACAGACUCUUCCUCAGACCAUAGGAAAUGAUUCCUCUUCUAGAAGCAUCAAUUUCUCAAAUGGGGCAGCAACUUUGCUGGGAAAGAGUGAAGAAGCAAUACUGGAAUUUGACAGGAAAGAUGAGGUUCAUGCGGAAGGGAAAAUAGUAUCACCCAAGCAAAAAGAAACACUUAGUUCUCUUGUAACUAGUAAAAGCAAAGAACAACAAAAAAUUCAAUUUGAAUUCAGUGAUCAGAACAAGCAAGAAAGAAAGUCAUCGGUAUUUGAGGGGAAGACAUUUUGUUUCUCGCAUUCUUUUCCCAAAGAUAGGCGACCUGAAAUCGUGGAAUGGGUGAAUCAAGGAGGGGGAGAGGUGGUAAAUUAUCCUGUUAUAAACAAAGCAGAUUUUAAUAUUGAAUGCCAUGGUGUAUUACGGAGUGCUGGGACUAGACAAACUAUUCAUGUCUCGAGUCACUGGGUUCGAUCUUGUUUAGAGGAUGGUUGUUUACUUGAUGUUAGUAGCCAUAUGCUCUACUCACCUCUUCCCUGCCAGACUCCUUUGCCUGGAUUCCAAAGCCUUCGCUUCUGUAGUUCCCAAUAUGAAGAGAAGGAUCGAAUACUCCUGAGAAAUUUGUGUUUUGUUCUUGGAGCAAAAUUUGUGGAAAAACUGACCAAGAAAGUGACUCAUUUGCUAUGCAACUUUGCCAACGGACCCAAGUAUGAGAGAGCUUCCCAGUGGGGAAUAGUUUCUGUGACUUCUGACUGGGUUUAUGAAUGUGUUAAACAGAAUCAAGUGGUUUCUUCAGACAAUUUCCAUCCAAAGGAAUUGACCACUCAAGACCGAGAAGCAGGGUUUGGCUUGACAAGUCAAUUUCAUACACAGUCUGUGCCAAUGGCCUCAAGGGGGAAUGGGUCUCUGCUUGUAAGCCACUCUGAAGACGGGGAAAGAACUCAAAGUUUUGCUGAAAAAAAUGGCCUCGGUAAAGGUGAAGUAAACAACGAUCUUGGAGAAAUUGAAAGGCAACAAAGUUUUCCGUCUAAGAAGGCAAAGCUUUUGAGAGAUGGUCAAGAAAGUGGUUUGUUUCCUGUGGGAGAACAUCCUAGCAAUUGUGCUCGCCCUUUGAAGUCCAGAGAUGGCAUUGUGUCUGGAAAUGAUGUAGCAAGUGGUCGUGAAGUUCCAGAUGUGGCUGAUACUAUCGAGAAUCUGUUGGUGGAGACAUUUAAAAUUCAAGAUCAGAACUCUCCUGAGAGGAGGACUUCAGAAAAAACAUUUUUAUCACCUAGUGAACAAUACAACAGCGUCAACUCUGUCACUGGCCUCUCGACACACCGGUUUAACAGGACCCUGAAGAAUGACGACGUGUUCAAUCCUCCAGGAGAUACUACAGGCACUUAUGGAAACUUUAGUGAGACGCAGACAGAAUCGCAGGUUGUUGGUUACGAGGAAGAUCUUUCAGGAAGGCAGAUGCUUAUAGACAGAGUUAGAACACGAAGCAGCUUUACAUAA